CCUCAUCAUGAAAUCCCCUAUUUCGAUGACAUUUAAACUGUGACGUGUUUGACACAUGUCAACAAAAAAUAUGGCAGAUGUGUCAAAAGCCCAAAAAUUGGCAUCUGCUAGAAAAAAGUUCAAGGAAUUAAAAAAGGAAAAAAAGAAGAACACUGCCCAGAAAGCACCCGAACUUGUCGAGUCACCACCCACAAGUCGCGAGCAGACACCUGUGGAAGGUCUCACAAAUGAACCAGCGCAACUUCCAAAUUACUUCAGUAAUGUAAACUUCAACAACGGCUAUCAGCAGCCAACGGCAUUUUUCGAUAAUUUUUCACAAAAUAACGACCCUUUCGCGUGCAUCACGCCCUCAAAUAAUCUCAAUGGUGACCAAAACCACGCGUUUUCAGUACCUGAAGACAAUAAAAAUGACGAAAUUUCCAACUUCCAAGCCUUUGACAGCGUCAAAUUUGACCAGAAACCUUCCCCACGCCCCCAGUUGUCCACAGUUGAGAGUCUGCGCCAGUUGCAGGACCAAAUGGCCGAAUUAAUAAGCCCCCCUGAAAAUGAGCCACUGGGGGGCGAGUCACCGCUAGAAAUUCGGAAUCAAGAGUUGGCGGAACUGCUCAAUCAGGAAAAGGUGAAAAAUGAAGAACUGAACGCUAGUUUGAGAGAAUAUCAAACGAAGCUCAGCCAAUUAGAGGCCGAGCUUAAAGACAAACAAUUGAACACCGAUACUAGAGUAGAGCACGAAGUUAGCACUCUUCGAGAAGAGUUACAAUGUCAUGUCCAAACUGUGGGAAUUCUCGUGGCGGAAAAGGCCGAAUUAGUUGCAAAUCUCAGCCAAUUCCAGUUGGCGGCGAAACAGAAAACAGCCGAAUGCGAGGAGUUACAAGGUCGCUUGAAAACUUCCAGAUCACGUGUCGCAGACCUUGAACGUGAAGUUGCGCUCCUUAAGAACGAAAAGUCGCAAUACGACAACAUGGGACGCGAACAAAACUCCGAGUUGGAAAAGUUGAAACAGAGCUACCAGUCUGUGAAAGAUGAAAAAGAGGAACUGCUCCAGGAUUUGCUUGAAGCUCGAGAAAAACUCAAAAGUAGCUCUGAAAGUUGCGUCGAGUUCCAACAGCAGAUCAAGGAGUUGUCCAAUCAACUGUCCAUGGCCAAUAUUAAAAUCCAGCAACUCACAACUGGGGAUCAAGACAGCAGUGAGAUCGAGAAACUGACUCAGGAGAAGUUCGCUCUUGAGAAACAAGUCGCCGAUUUGAGCCAAACAGUUAAAACUUUAUCGAAAGAGAGGGAGGAGUCUAGUCUACAGUACCAGCAAUAUGCCCAACAGUUGAACGCGCAAUUGUCGAGUCUGGCGACUCGAUUAGAGACGUCUCAGAAGGAGAACGAAUCUCUGGCGAUACGCGAACAGGACAGGAUUAAACACAUCGGCGAGUUGGAGAAACAACUGCAAAAUUUGCAGAACGAUCAAGUGUCCUUUGCCGUGCAAAAACCCACCACUGAAACAAAAGCCGAACUCGAAGCCGCCCUAGAAUUAGUCGAGAGACUCAAAACCGAAAACGUGGAGUUGCAAGAGGAGAAUGUUAAAGCAGCAAACGAAAAGGAGUUGCUUUUGAAGGAGUUGGAAGCCAAAGGAGAGAGUAUAAGUGAGCUGGAGCGGAUCGUAGAGGAGUUGAGGACCAAUCAGCCCGACAGUGGAAAAUUAUUAGCAAUUAUGGAAAGUGACAAAGUCGCAGCGGCCAGAGCCGUGUCUCAAAACACCGAAUUGAAGAAUCAGAUGGACAGUAUGCAGGAAGUUUUCAUGAAGUUGAAUAAUGACAAAAUCGAAUUGACCGAAAAACUGACAAUCGAGCAGCGCAACAAUAAGGAAUUGUUCGAAAAAUUGCAAAAAACAGAGCUGCAUUUGCAAACUUUGGCCGACGCGAUUGAAAUCAAAGAUAAGGAGUUGUCGCAUCUUCGGGAGAACUCGUCCGAGCUCGACAAACAGUUGCUGCAGAGUGAACAGUUGAACGAUAGGUUGAGGCAUUACGAGGCACAGGAUCAUAGUUCACAAGCGUUACAAAACGAGCUGUUUCAAGCCAAUCAAACUAUCGAAAAACUGAACGAAGAGAUAAAACAAUUGAAAGUGUGUAGUAGUGACGUAAAAGAGUUACGAGAGAAUGAGACAAAAGAUGCCACUGAUAGCAACCACAAUGGAAUUGUUUUGGACAAAGAGGCGGCCAUGAAACAUUUGGAAGAGAAAUUUUUGAAGACGAUGGAAGACAUUGCCAAUUUAACAGAGGAGAAGCAACGUCUCGAACACCUGGUGUUGCAAUUGCAAGGUGAGACCGAGACGAUAGGAGAGUAUGUGGCGCUCUAUCAACAACAGAGGAGUCUAUUAAAACAAAAAGCGAUUGAAAAAGACCAGCAAUUGUCACAGUUAGCCAAUGACCGCGAAUUGAUGAAAGCCAAGCUAGACAAAUUGAACGAAUUGGUGAAAAAGCUGGUCCUUGAAAAAGGAGCCGUUCCGUCCGAAUUGCUGGAACAUCACCACGACAAUCAUCUAUGCGAAGAACACGCGAAAAUCAGUAACGAAAUCAAUAAAAUCGCGCAGAAUACGUUCACAGUCGAACCGAGUGAUACUCAAAGUACCGAAACAGCAGAAGAAAUAAUCGCACUCCUGUCGGAGAUUAAAACCAGUAACUUGGUACAACCGGCUGAGAAUAUACAUCAUUGUCCGUGGUGUUCGGGCCAACUUAUUACGGUGUAAAUGGGAUAUUGUGAUUAUAUUGUUAUUUUAAAUAGCUUGAUUAAAGUUUAUUACAUAACUGCA